AUUGACGAUAAAGAGUUUGACAUUCCCCAAGUGGACACACCUCCCACACUGGAGAGCAUCCUCAAUGAGCUGGAGGAUGAGGAGGAACCAUUUGUGCUGGAGGACACCUGCGUGCUAAACACAGACAACAUGGAUGCUCACUCCUGUGACACUUCGUCUCUGGCCAGCUCUGACAGUGGAGACCCAGCACACCUCAAACGAAAGAGGAGGACAGUGGAUCCAAAUGCGACAGUUCAUGGCUCUGUUGUUCGACACAGCCUGCUGAAGGGCAUCUCUGCACAGAUCGUCUCCGCUGCUGUAAGACUUUAUGCACGCGCACACUGUGGGGGUGUAAAGGGUCACGGAGGACAAGACGCACAUACAGAUCCUUUUGUGAUUAUUUACUCCAGUCUACCGUGUGUGUAUGCAUGUACAUCUGUGUGUGAUUAGUAUAACUCAUCCCUGUGGACUCCCACAUGUGUACGUACCAGAGGCCCUGCUUUGUACUUUGAUAGCUACAUACUGUAUAAUAGUAGGCCUAUAGCACACUGGCUUCCUACCAUUGUGUUAGAGGAGAAAACAACGUCACCUUCACAACUCAAUCAUUGCUGAUAUAAUAAACACUUCCCUUUCUGCAUA